GCUCUUCCGCUAAUCCCCUUUUUCUGAAGGGAGUCGCCCGUAGUAACCGCUCGAGCUGAUCAGACCGGAUUCACCAGCAGAGAUGACGAGAGCAAAAUACCGCGACAGAGAACAGUAAACAUGACGAGAUCAUCCUCAGGAUUAAGACAUAAUAAUCCCCAAACACGGAAAUAACAUCUGUGAGGCGCUCGUGCUGAAGUGAGUUCCGGUGUCAGCCGUCAUGAGAUGACUGUGAAGCGGAUUUGUACGAUCGUGACCAGAUCUGUGAGGAUUCAAAGAUGUUGUCUGAGGAGAGAUAUUCACUGAGGAUCAUAUGAGAGGCUUUCUGCGGUGUGUUUGGGUCUCGGUGAUGGUGGAGACAUGAAGACAGUGCUCGUGUUGAGCUGCCUGUUGUUAAUCGCUCAAGCAGAAGAUCCAGAUCAGGAGCAGAAACCGCUUCAGUACCUUCACAUCGGAGACGGCUCCUCGCUGGAGUUUGAGUUUCCGCAGAACACGCGCGGCGUGAUCGUGAUCUCCAGUGUGUACCGCAGCUCCGGGGGCCGGAAGGGUCGCGAGAGCCUGAAGCAGACGGUUCGGGUGAGGUCUCUGGACCCGGACGUGAUCUCCGUGCUGAACGUGACGGACGGCGGGCGAGCGGGAGCCGCGAACAGCUACGUGAUUAGCAUCCGCUCCGGGGUUCCUGGAACGGCUCCGCUGCUCAUCCAGCUGCUGGACCUGGACCGCGACUCGGAGCCGGUGCUCAUCGAGGAGCGCAGCGAUUACUCCAUCAGGGUGGCGGCGGGCGAGGACGACCCGGCGGCCCGGCUCCUGGAGUCCGGCGGGCUGUCGCACUUCUCGGAGAACCCCAUCUUGUUCGCGCUGCUGCCGCUCAUCUUCGUCAACAAGUGCGCGUUCGGCUGCAAGGUGGAGGUGGAGGUUCUGCUAGCGCUGCUGAAGAGGCCGGUGCCGCUGCUGCUAGGCGUCGCGGGACAGUUCCUCAUAAUGCCGCUGUAUGGGUACGGCCUGUCCCGGUUAGCCGCGCUCCCCAAGGCGCUGUCGCUAGGCCUGGUGAUCACCUGCUCGGCGCCGGGCGGAGGCGGCGGAUACCUGUACAGCCUGCUGCUAGGCGGAGACGUCACUUUAGCCAUUAGCAUGACGCUCGUGUCCACCGUGGUCGCCACCGCUGCCAUGCCACUGUCCUCGGCGUUCUACGGCUGGCUGCUAGGCGUCCACGCCGCGCUCCACGUGCCCUUCGUCAAGAUCCUCGGCACGCUGCUCUUCAUCGCCAUCCCCAUCUCGCUGGGCAUGCUAGUGAAGCUGCGGCUGCCCGCCGUCACCCGCGUGCUGCUCACGCUCAUCCGCCCCUUCAGCUUCGUGCUAAUCGUGGGCGGGAUCUUCAUGGCCUACCAGAUGGGCUCGUCGAUCCUGGCGAACGUGCGCGGGCCGGUCAUAGCGGCAGGCCUGACGGUGCCGGUGUUCGGGCUGCUGCUGGGGCUGGCGAUGGCGCGGCUGGCGGGGCUAGCGGCGCCGCAGCGCAGGACGGUUAGCAUCGAGGUGGGCGUGCAGAACAGUCUCCUGGCGCUGGCCGUCAUGCAGCUGUCGUUCCAGCGGACGGAGGCGGACUACGCCUCGCAGGCGCCGUUCCUCGUAGCGCUCAGCAGCACGACGGAGAUGCUCCUGCUAGUGCUAGCUCACGCCGCGCACCGACGCCUGUGCCUAACGCCUGCCUCGCGCACCCCCGCCUGACCGCCGGCUACGACUGCCACGCACCACUGCCAGACGCGGCGCUCAACCAAAGGCCUUCUCCUUACGUUCAGCCUUUUUUAAUCAGAUUUUAAUCUUACGUGCAUUACGAUGACAGUGUUUAUGGAAGAUAAACCAGAUAUUUUUCUAAUUCUGCUGUUUGUUAUUUUGUAAUUCAGAUGGUUUGUUUGUACCCUGUUUACAGAAGAUGUUGCUGUUGAUUGUUCAUGCGCAAUGAUGAUUAAAUGCAUUUUGACGAGA